GAGAGGUCUGGCAGUGUCACGUGCUCAAACGUUCCAAGAUGGCGGACGAAAGUGAACAACAACAGAAUAACGUCGAAGAACCUUUAGAUCUUGUUCGUCUUAGCAUUGAUGAAAGAAUUUACGUGAAAUUAAGAAAUGACAGAGAACUACGUGGAAGACUACACGUGCGUAUCGGCAAAAAUACGGAACAAACUUUGUAAUUUUGCACCCAAAUUUAUACAAAAUAUUUGUACAUGAAAUUGCAUAUUAAAUUUUCAUUUUCUAUAAUACACUAGGCAUAUGAUCAACAUUUAAAUAUGAUUCUUGGUGAGGUUGAAGAAACUAUUACAACUGUUGAGAUUGAUGAGGAAACAUACGAAGAGCUGUUUAAGGUUUGUGUUAAGAACAGAGUUCAACAUAUUGAAUCCUAG